AACAGGACUGCUACUCUCUUCCCUAUAUAAAUAUAACACAGAUUGAUAGAUUUGUUUCCGAUCAUCCGCAGAAGCAGAAUCACAGAUCCCUCUCGAAAGAGUUUGGACAAGAAUUCUUCACGUCAAAGUUUCUUCAAGAUUUUGUUUUUGUUUUUACAGUAGCAGCUCAUUACAAGUUCAUUGGUGUUGGGAUUUUGAAGAUUAAGGAUGUUGGGAGAUCUCGUCACCAGAUAUCUUGUGUUGCUUUUUGGGUAUGCAUUCCCAGCAUUUGAAUGUUUCAGAUCUGUGGAGAAGAACAAGGUGGACGUUGAAGAAAUUAAAUUCUGGUGUCAAUAUUGGAUCAUUAUCGCACUUGUAACGGUUUGUGAGAGGAUAGGGGACGUAUUUCUUUCAUGGUUGCCGAUGUAUGGUGAGGUGAAACUGGCAUUUUUUAUCUACUUGUGGUAUCCAAAAACAAAGGGAACUGGCUUUAUCUACGAGACCAUGUUGAGGCCUUUUGUAACAAGGCAUGAAACGGAUAUCGAAAGGAAGUUACAGGAGAUGAAGGCUAAAGGUUGGGAUUUUGCCAUCUAUUACUGGCACAACUGCACCGAAUUGGGGCAGACUAAAUUCUUUGACGCUCUGCAAUACUUUAUGAGCCAGUCAGGGAAGUCUACAAACAGCAAAACAAAGAAGAGCAAUGGCUAUGAACCUAGUGCUCCCCCACUACCCGUACCAUCGCCAAAUGAGUGGCCUUCAAUGGCCAUGCAUAAAAGCAAGAAUAGAAAGCGGUCAUAAAGACCACCGCCUCCGCCCGGCAGCAGCACAAUCAACCGAGCAGUUGCAGGGUCCCCGAAAUCCAAUCGACUGCAAGUCCACCUCGAUCAGGAAACAUAAUAUGUUACCACAAUGGACACAGACAACUCAACUAGCCUUGAUUCUAAUUUCAAUCAAAAGCGUACGUGGCUACGAAGAACAAAACCAAUCCAACACUGAAAAGAAGAUUUGUAACAAAAGAAAAACUGUACAAAAAAUCCAAACAUCAGAAAAACAUGGAAAAAAAUUCUUCUUGUACAUGAUAUCUUUCUCUCUUUGUUUUCUAAAUCAUUUAUGGGUUUGCAACUUUGACUCGAGCUGAAUCAGAUACACACACUGUAAUUGACACUGAGUCACUGUUAUUUGUUGAAGUGGACUCGAAUGGCACGGAGGAUCCGAUCAAAAGCAUUAGUUAUGCUCGGAAUGACACAAACGCUGAUGAACCCAAAACAAGCAGUGAUUGGAUUCUUGGCGGAUAAGCGAAGCCAGAGACGGCGGAGGAAGUGGGUGCCAGAGGAAUCAGGAGAGGAGGACAUGGGCUGGAGGUAAGCCCAGGCAGCUUGCUUAACAAGGCGGUUGCGGAUGGGAAUUUCAUAGGUGGAAGUGGUGUUGGAAGUAGCCGAUGUUGGGGAGUUAACGGUGGCAGAAGGGAGAAGGUCUUUGAUAGAAGUGUAGGAUAAAGAGGAUUUUAGGCGGGGUAGGGAGAUGUCAAGGUGAGAAGGAAGGGUGCCGUCUAAGUGUGAUGGAGGGAGACUGGAGGUGUGGAGGGAGAGCUUUGUGGGGAUAACAAAUGAGGUGGCUAUUGAGUUUAUCCGGCGGAGGGUGAGUGUUUGUGGUGGUGGUCCUUGGUUGCUCAUGGUGUGGAUGAGGGAGGGAGGGAGAGAAGGGAAUUUGGGAGUUUAUUAUGGGAAUACGGCGACUGAGGCUGGUUGAAGCGAAGACUAUGCUGCUGCUGUCUGCCGUUCAUUGACUGCAAUUAUUGGCCUAUGUUGUCGUUAUCCUUUUCCACGUCAUAUCGUUUAAUGUUUGGCCCUUCGUUGUUUAGUCCCUUAAGUUUUCUUAUAUUGUUUCCAAAUUAAUUUAUGGUGGAUGGAAUAAUCAGGAUUUCUUGUUUCCUUUCA